AUGAUAGCAGAGGGAAUAUCUGAGGCUGGGAGUGAAGCUACUUAGGAAAGCACGACAUCCACUUAGGGCACAUUCCAUGCCUGUGCGGAACAGCCAGCCAACGGCAGCAGGGAGCCCCUGGUCAUGGAACCAUUACAUUACGUUUGGAGAGGACACAGGCUGAGAGGGUCAAGGAUGGGGAGUGCUCUCAGCACAGGGGAAACACUGAAAUAAACAGCUCUGCAGCCUCUGAGAACUGCCUGUAGUCACUGGCAUCACGGUGGUGUUCAGUGCAGGCAGACCUCCGCAGCAAGGGGCUCAGCCUGUGUGGCUGCUAAGAAUCACAGCUGGCAUCAUCUUGACUGUGGGGAAGACUGGCUGAGACUCACAAGACCUAGAGCUAUGGGAAUGGAUGAUGGGAAAGUGUGGCCAGCCUCUACUGUAUAUCCAGCAUCCUGUAGGUUUCCUUGCUUCCCCGCAAGCACCAGGCCAGAAAUUCAUUCCGCAGCCCUGCAGCAGUUGGACCAAACUAGCAUUUCUUGUAUCUGGAGUUAAUUCCUGAAACUGUAAAACUGGCAGCCAUGGAAACCCAACCCAAAGACAUGGAGGAGGGAGAGAAGACCCCUGAAUCCAAGGACUUGCUGCCCAGCCAAACAGCCAGCACUCUCUGCAUCAGCUCACGCAGUGAAUCUGGCUGGAAUGCUGUCCCCCGGAACAAGUGGGAUAUUUAUCACAAGCCAGUUAUUGUAUUGUCGGUGGGUGGGGCUGUUUUCCUCUUCGGUGUGGCUAUCACCAGCCUGACUUGCCUCACCGUAAACAAAACAAACACAAGUGACACAAGCAACAUGACCAAGAAUGCUUUUAAACUCUGUGGACCAGCCUUCCUGUCAAUGGGUCUCAUGCUGCUAGUGUGUGGGCUUGUCUGGAUCCCCAUUAUCCGCAAAAAGCUGCGGCAAAGGCAUCAGUAUCACUUCCUCCAGAGCAUUAAGUCUUUCUUCAUCCACUGAAGACAGCUCUCGGAUUCAGACAGAAGACGAAGAGGGACGUGUUAGCAGGGCUGGGUCGUGCCUUGCUCUGGUGAUCUGCAAGUAAAAUAAACGCUGUCCUAAAAGGGGGCCCACUCCGAUUGCUUCCUCUUCCUCCUGUGUGUCUGUGAUUCACCCAUCCCAAUCGACAUUAUUGGAGGACACUGGGCUCUCUACCAGUGAAUGAAUUUCACAUUUUCCACAUGGAUAUACGUUGCUAGAAAAGUAGGAGCUAAAAUCAGCAGAUCAGAAUCCGGAACAGUUGUUUGGACUAAGCCUGGCUGUGUACAGUAUUUCAUUGUUCAGUACAGUAUAUUGCUUUGUAGGCUACACUGUCUGUAUCUCAUGAACCUGAUUUUGAACAGUAUUUACCAGAAAGCUGAGUCCUGUGCCCAUAAAACCCUCAGUUGUGAGACACUCUGCUACCCUCACUGGGCCUCCUAUUGGUUGUAAACUUCUCCAAGAAAGCAAUUUGAUAUUUUUCCUACAACUCAUAGCUUGGGCAGGGGGUUGUUUAAAAGGCACAUCUCUUUCCAGAAUAUGGCAGUCAGAUGAUUCCAAGACCAUUUCAUUGAUUUUUUUAAAAAAUUCUUAACUAUACUUUUCAUGAAAAGAAGCCAUACUGCAAGCAAACUGUAUAUGAGUAAAUAUUAAUUGCCUCAGGCUUGAGAUGAGAGGAUAGUGUUCGCAGUUUCUUAGAUGGAUUUUGGGCACAGCUCCCAACUUUCAGAUCAGAAGCAAAUGUUAGCAAAAUGAGAGACUAUAUGGACAAAAGUCCUUGAAAUGGUUGCCAUACAGAUGUACUACUGGGAGAAGAGGCAGAUGAUUGGCCUUUAAGGAACUUAGGUGUGUGUAUAGGAUCCCUCUUGCUGUUAUAAGCGAUUGCAACCAUCGUAUUUGACUACUGAUAGUAUUUCUUCAUGCCUUGCUUCCUGUUUGGGGAAAGCAUCUAAACAAAGCCUUUUUAACUGCAAAUCUGGUGGCAACCACUAAAUGGUCUCUAGUAACUAUGCAAUACAACUGUGGGCAAAUGCUGAUGGAGUGGGGUAAAUUCAAGGACAACUAGUAAGAAUCAGGAACUGGCCAAGUGCAGUAAAUUACAUAGGAAUGAUUUUUCAAAUCAUGAACACGUCAACAUUUGAAAUCAUAAGCACCUUAAGAGGUAUAGGUGCCAGCAUUUAAAACAGCUUGCUCCAUCCAUAGGCAUGACUGUUUGUCAUGGAACCCAACCUUUAUGUUAUUAGUGGGGCAUGCCCUUAGCCAGGGAGAAUGAGCAUCACUGGCCAUGUCGUUGUGGCCAUAUGUGAAGCAUAUUUUAUGGAAGGGAUGAUCAAGCCAAGUUCCUCAGUCUCUGAAGACUUCACUGCACCAAGAACAGACACAAGGCGUAAGCAAAGCACUGGUUUGGUGUUGGGGAAGGAAAUUCAAAAUUAUAGGCCUCAGAAAAAAAAGAUGGGAGUGAAAACUGAUCUGCCCAGAGAUCACACGCAUAUUAUCACUGGAACUAUUUCAGAAGCUGCUUCAAAGGUUUCUGGACUAUGCUGACUAUACAGCCCUUAUGAGGAAGCAUUUGGAUAUGUAUGUAGAACAAGUCUGAGGCUAAACCUCAGAGGCCUUAGAUGACUCAUUACAGAAGCCUUAGAUUAAUUUUACAACUGUUUUCAGAAGCAGACUUUCAGAAAUGCUAUCACUCUGCCUCCCAGAUUCAACCAAAGUGCCUCCUUGCAAAGCUGCUUUGUGAAUUCUUUCCCUUUCAAACAGCAUCUCUCAGCCAUUCCUGCUGGCAUUAGUGGAGCCACACAGAGAUAGAGCAUUUGAUUUCCUGGCAUUAUGCUAGCUGAUUCCAAGCAGCCAUUCUGCAUUUCAAUCCAUUUUAGAUUGUGCUUGCAUAGUGCAUGCAUAGGGAAGGGGGAGAGCCUGUUCACUUGAGGAUCAUCUCUGUUCCAUUAUCCCUUGAGUCGCAUUUAGGAUGGACUUUGGUUUGUGCAAUCAGGCUGUAUUUCUCAAGAACUGUGUAGAUAAUGUGGAUACCAGGGAGGCCUUACUCUGUCCAUCACAGAAGGAACUGAGUUGCCCCCUUGCAGUGUAACAUAUGUUCCCUCUUCAAGUUGGUAGAGAGUGGCAGGUCUAAGUGACAUAGACUUACUAGUUCCCAGUCUCUGGGCAUCUCCAGUUGACUAUCAGAACCCUACUUAGGGUUUUACCAAUGUUACUUGAGCCCCCCUCAUUUCAGAGCUGUCAGUGGGUCAUAAGGGCCUCUCCACAUGUGCGGAAACUCAACCAAACAAGUGUGCCUCAGCUAUAUUUUACACUUCAACACAAUGCACCUGUAAUCCCUGAUGCAAUGUCAUGACAUAGCAUAAUACCCCAGCCUCCUGGAACUGAAGCAGGGGUGGCCCUUUCAUGAGGCAGGGUGAGGUAGUUGCCUCAGGCAUGGUGGGGGAAGGGACGCAGGGGGCAGCAAGUCCUGGGUCCCCACUGCCACUCAUGUCACCCCACUAUACACUGCCAGGACACACUGUCCAUUUUCCUCACCCUGCUGGGCGCACCUCUUCUUUUUCCCCUCUGAUUUGAGCUAGGAAUGCCACUAUCUCUGCUGCCUGGUUUGGUGGCACAGCCUGAGUGUGUCCGUGUGUCGUUGCUGCCGCCUUGGCAUUAUGGCCUAAGCAGGUUGAGCACUUGUCCUCAGACUGGGGGGUGGGGGGGUGGGGUAUCGCAUUGGCCUUUGCCUCAGGCAGCAAAAUGUCUUGGGCCACCCAUGAAUUGAAGGAUGGGUAGCCUUGCUGCAGGACAAUAGCCCUUUUGCUAUUAACAACUUAAAAAAACAAGUGGUCUUGAUGGGCACUCUAGCACCAUUUUUGCAAAGCAGGGAAGAGUCUAGCUGGAAGGAAACCUUGCAAAUAUCAUUAUGCAGCAGUGCCAGGGAUAAGAAGACGGUACUGAAAAGAUAUGUAGGUUGGGAAGUCACAGCUAAUGGACACUGAAAUCAAAUGUAAAUAAAACAUGCACAAAACA